CAACAUCCUCAUCUACAUCAGACCACUACUUGAGAAUCUCCGCCCCAUUCUCGACGAGUCGAAACAAUGGUUUCCUUCAAGUCUCUCCUCCUCGCCGCCGCGGCGGUCACUGCCGUCAUUGCUGCCCCGUUCGACUUCCUCAACGAGCGUGACGAUGGCAACUCGACCGAGAUCCUCGACAAGCGCCAGGUCACCCCCAACUCGGAGGGCUACCACAACGGCUACUUCUACUCGUGGUGGUCCGAUGGCGGCGGCUACGUUCAGUACACCAUGGGUGCUGGCAGCCGGUACUCGGUCCAGUGGAGGAACACGGGCAACUUUGUCGGUGGCAAGGGUUGGAACCCGGGCAAUGGCCGCACCAUCAACUAUGGCGGCUACUUCAACCCCAGCGGCAACGGCUACCUCUGCGUCUACGGCUGGACUCGCAACCCCCUGGUCGAAUACUACGUGAUCGAGAACCUGGGCUCCUACAACCCCGGCAACUCCGCCCAGUACCGCGGCUCGCACACCUCCGACGGCUCCAACUACAACCUCUACGUCUCCACCCGCUACAACCAGCCCUCCAUCGACGGAACCCGCACCUUUCAGCAGUAUUGGUCCAUCCGCGACAACAGGCGCUCGCAGGGCACCGUCAACAUGCAGAACCACUUCAACGCCUGGAACCGCGUCGGUCUUCCCCUCGGCCAGCACUACUACCAGAUCGUCGCCACCGAGGGUUACCAGAGCAGCGGUGAAUCCGACAUUUACGUCCAGACGCACUAAAUCCCUUACCUCAGGGCCAGUGAAGAGGCGUCUUCCGAGGCGCAUCUGGGGCCAUCGCCUUGCUUUUGCGACACUGUCACCGGGCCUCAUGGCAAGCUAGAUGGCCAUUCCCAUGUUCAAAAGUAGCGGGAAUUGGUGAAAAGGUCAUCAGAAGGGGAUGUAGUUUACGACGAGACGAGGGAUGAUGGACGAGGGGGGGGGUGUCGGUGGUCACACGCGUGGGUUAUUUGUUUGCAGCCUGUAUCUGCCCUUCUGCAGCCUCCUGGAUCCUUAGAAUGCUGGGAGGUUGGCCCUCUCAAUGAGAGCAUUCGAAUACAUCCUUGGACAACUCCAACC